GUUUGAUUCUGCUCGGACUCAAAUACUCGAUCUGUUUGAUGCAAACAGGAGCAGUUAUCUCGCCUCUUUCAACCUUGUCCAUUUUCGCAAGCCGGUGAUUAUGUUGCCAGCAAUAGUGCGAAGUCUAUGGCUCUCGAGCAGUAGCGUUUCUCACACCCAUCGCCUCCCCGGACUGGCGUUGGGUGCCUGUGUUGUUAGAACUCUCUGCACUCCACAUGGUCAUGGAGAUCCAGACGUUCACCGGCACAGUGUCAAGUACGCGGUUGAGCAGUGUGAGAAGCGUCUAGCCGAGCAGAAUAUACCAGAGCCUGACCUAUCAGCAAGGCACAUGAUGGCGCACAUCUUGAAUGGCAAAUCCCUGCAUCAUGUUCACAGCCGGCAAAAGACAAUUCUCACGGACGCACAACUGCAAGAGUACAGGAAGAUGGCAGAGCGCCGGCUGGAAAGAACACCUGUCCCAUAUAUCAUCGGUGAGUGGGAUUUCCGUUACCUGACACUGAGCUUGAGACCACCGGUGCUCAUUCCACGACCGGAGACCGAGGAGCUAGUGCAGCAUGUCCUCCAAGAUCUCAAGACAAUUCCUACUUCUUCCAGUACCCGUGGAGUUGAAGGCAGUGAUACCGACAGCAGUGCCGAUACUGGCAGCAGUGCCGAUACUGGCAGCAGUGCCGAUACUGACAGCAGUGCCGAUACCGGCAGCAGCGCCGAUACUGGCAGCUUGCACUGCUUGGACAUAGGCUGCGGCUCUGGUGCUAUUUCACUGUCACUGCUUCAUGAAUGCCCCGAGGUAUCUGUAUCAGCAGUGGACAUCAACACAGCUGCUGUUGAUCUUACUCGGCAUAAUGCAGCCAGGCUGAACUUUGAAAACCGGCUAGAUGUGGUCCACUGCUCUGCAGCCGAGCUGGCAGAGCGUUUCCCGGCACAGAUGUUUGACGUGGUGGUCAGCAACCCACCGUACAUACCCACCGGGGAUAUGCCGGGAUUGGAAAAGGAACUGAACUAUGAAGACCAAUUUGCGCUGGAUGGCGGAGAGGAUGGCCUAGAUGUCGUCAAAGAUAUCCUUGCGUGUUCGGCACAUCUGCUCAAACCAGGCAGAUCUCUGUGGCUAGAAGUUGAUUCGCGUCAGCCGCCAGUCAUUGAAGAGUACGUGGCGAGACACCCAGACUGUAACCUGGAGUGGCUGGCAUCUCAUACAGACUUUCAGGAAAGGCCACGUUUCUGCCACCUCCGACGGCGGUGGUCGUAGUAUGUCGCCUCAACAGCAGUGAGGUUAUCACACAGCGGGCUGAGAGUACGCUGCUUGACUGGUUGUGGCACUCUCUGUGGCGAUAACUGGCAUGCGACCCAUGGCCCUCUCACGUCAAUGCUUUGACAUCGUUCAACACGACUAUGACAUCAUCCUGAUGCGCUGAAUGCCAUCGGAGCAGGGUGUCUGCAGAACUACAGUACAGUGCACGGGUGUCGUACUUCAUCUCCAUGCCCUGGCAUAGGUCAGCAAUGCGCUAUAGUGGAGCUUCUACCAUGGCCUGGCUCUAUGGAGUAGCCUGGUGCCUACUCUGGUCAGCUGCCAUUGCAACAAAAAAAUUAUGCCGACGGCGAUGGAUGACGCCAACAGCAGCGACAGCAACAGCAGCAGCAGCAACAGCAGUUGUAACAGCAACAGCAGCAGCAACAACAGCAGUAGCAACAGCAGUUGUAACAGCAACAGCAGCAGCAACAACAGCAGUAGCAACAGCAGUUGUAACAGCAACAGCAGCAGCAACAACAGCAGUAGCAACAGCAGUUGUAACAGCAACAGCAGCAGCAACAACAGCAGUAGCAACAGCAGUUGUAACAGCAACAGCAGCAGCAACAACAGCAGUAGCAACAGCAGUUGUAACAGCAACAGCAGCAGCAACAACAGCAGUAGCAACAGCAGUUGUAACAGCAACAGCAGCAGCAACAACAGCAGUAGCAACAGCAGUUGUAACAGCAACAGCAGCAGCAACAACAGCAGUAGCAACAGCAGUUGUAACAGCAACAGCAGCAGCAACAACAGCAGUAGCAACAGCAGUUGUAACAGCAACAGCAGCAGCAACAAGUACAGCAGCAGUUUGAACAAUUGACCCAUUGGACCCAUUGGGCAGUGCCGAAAUAUGGAAUGUAUGAGUAAUGCUUGUGACUCGUUGUGAGUACGCUGGGAUCAGCAAUGCACUGUUCAACACCCCGGGCGACCAUGCCCAGGUGGCUGGGAAGGGUGUUUAUGGUACAAAUUACGUCAUUGCGCAAUGGGUCCAUUAUGAAAGAAUAACAAUGAAUAGCAAAGCACGGUCGUGCACUGCUUAGCAAGGUGCAGUCUACAGUGGGCCCUCAGUGCAACAGAGGUGUAUGCAUCAACAUCAGCAGUAGCUCGUAUUUCAAUACAUUCGGACUGGUGCUGCUUGUGUAGGCCAGUAGAUCGAAAUGUAUACGAUAAUCUGCCUUGAUGCAUAAGCACAGCCCACCACCCAUUCGUCUUAGUGUAUUACAAGUACACAUAUUUCGUAUUGGACACGUAUUGGACACGUAUUGGACACGUAUUGGACACGUAUUGGACACGUAUUGGACACGUAUUGGACACGUAUUGGACAGACACGUUUUUGCUCUAUGGUUUGUACUGUAUAUCUAGCCAGAGUCCCUACCCCGGUGGGUUCCGUAAACGUCGGGGUGGGGAUUCUUGGUGGACACUUGGUAGUAUUUGCACGCGGGCUGCUACAGUACAAUUGGAAUGCUCUCGAGUUUGCAAGCAUUUCCUCAUCUCCUGCUGUACAUCAAGUGCUUCACCCCAUCAUUAAGUCCCAUCCUGCAAUCGCUUGAGGUUUAUGUCAGCCACUGCACACCUAUCUAGAGCUCUAUACUAUAGUCUAUACAGCCAUGGACAUGUACAUGUGCUGACUACAGUGGCCGCUCAAUUCUUGUUGCUGACUACCACUGCUUCUUGCCGAUUAUGACAAGAGUGGGUUUUGCGAUGCACCA